CGCGGAAGGAGCGCAGAAGGGAGCUGUGCAAGGAGGCUGUGCAGGAGCCCCCAGACCCUGGCGGGUCAGGGGGCAGGUGGCUGCUUCUGGGACAAGGUCCUGCAGUGCUGACAUCAGCCUCAGUCCCCUGCCCCUGCUGUGCACCCCAGCACGUCUGGACACCCCAGCAACUCAGCUCGGCUCCGGGGAGAGGGAAGGAGCACGCUGGCUGCGCUGAGAAGUCCUAAUCAAGCUUCUCCAGCCCCACUGUGUCACCCACUCCUUGGCAGUGGUCAGCAGCCUCUUGUAGAAGCCCUGGAAGAAGCCUUUUGCCACAGUCCUCCUCAAUUUGCUGAAGAAGGGCCAUGUCUGCCUUUGAUCAGAGGAACCAGAGCAUGCAGCACACAGAGCCUGGGACAGUCUGCAUCACGCCUCGGGUGAAGCCAAGGGGUGAGAUGUUUGUCUUUAUUGAUGGGAAAUGGGUGAAUGACAUCUACUGCCAGCCACCCUUUUCUUCACACCAGAAACUCUUUAGCAAGAAGGCACAGAAUGAGUGGAGCAUCUGGGAGGAGAACAGAGCACUCCGGCAGGAAAACCAAACCCUAUGGAUCAAAAACAGGAUGCUCUGGGAAGAAAACAAGGCCCUGCAGUAUCUUCAGUCACAGAACAAAUCUGUCCAGGUAAUUUACACUGAUGCUAUUCAGAGAAGCCUCAAGAACAAAAAUAAACCUUUUCCACUCUUCCAAGAGAGGAGUACAGGCUUUCAGCUCAGCCUGGGCAACAAAGCUCUCCAGGCAGUCCAGGAAAAGAAUAAAAUAUUUGUAGAUUUCCAGCAGGAGAAUAAAGCACUCCCUAUUACCUGGAAAGGCCAAAAAGCCAUCACAGUCCAUGAAGGGAGCAAAGAUGCCCGCUCAGAUCUUCAGAAGAGCACUGAGACCAUUGCAGCUGUGGAAAAGAGUAACCCUGGCCCAGUCCCCCAGCAGGAAUGUGAAGGUAAAAGGAAAAGCACUACUCCAACUCAGAACAAGACUGAGUCUGCCCCAAGUACACCGGGAGAGCAUGAAGUCCUCAGGGUUCUCCAGGAGUUACGUGAGCUCCUCCACACCUUCCUGAAAAUGAGCCAUCCCCCUGGGGAGAAACAGUGCUGUCACAAUCUCUAUGACGUGAACAGAUCCUUCCAAGAAGAUUACAAUAAGCUGAAGCUGCAGCUGAAGGCUGUGAAAAACACUGUGUCAGAUAUCACAGCUCAAAUGGACAUGCUGGAAAAGGAGAUCAUUGCCAUCACUACCCCAGUGUAUGAGGAAGCAGGACAGAAGCUGGCAACUGAGCAUCAGCUUGGAGACGUGUGAAGCUUGGGACUUAGAACUGUUAGUUCAUUUCCCAGAAAACUUCUCUCCUUUUUUCAGGAAACCUGCUAAAAUCCCAAUAGAGCCUGUAGAUAUCUGGGAACAUCAUGUCCUUCUGAAACUUUCUUGCCCUACUUAGAUAUAUUUCACAUUCUGGUUAUAUGGUGUAGGUGACUGUCAUGAAUUUGCCUAGUAUCAGGAAUCACGUUUUCCAGCAUUUUUAUUUCAAAGUUUCUUAUAACAAGGCCUAGAUUUUCAGAAGGUUAUUGCUUGAGGAUCUCAAGUCUAAUUACAGAUCUCAACUCUGAUUACAGCGUGCCAGCUUGUAGUCCAGGGGUGCACUCACAAUCUCUGCUAAAAAGAAUUGAUUAAUAAAGGAGGAUCUCUCCUCCCAGACACCAUGGUGGAGGCAAAGGAGGAGAACGGAGCAGGCAGCAGGACUUCUCCUGCACAGAGCAGUGAGGUCCCUCUUGAUUUCUUGGAUAGUCAGAUGAAGUAGGAUUUUACCUGCCCCAGAGCAAGAGAGUAGGUUGCCAAAAGCAGCAUUUUGAUGACUGUUCCAUGGCUUAAGCCAGUAUUUAGAAGGGCAUCUACUCACUAUAAUGGACAGGCCAGUCUGCAGUGAUCUGCUGACACAGAAGAUGAGAGCCUUUUGAUCUGCUCAGGUUUGAAAUUCUGGUCUGCCCUCAAUUGUGUGGCCAGAGUGGCUGGAAAUGCAUUCCCUGUGUCUCGGACAGUCUGGAUGCAGUGCACUGUGUCACAAUCUUUCAGGCAGAAUAUGGGAGCCUGCAAGAAAUCUGACAGGACAGAUGCAGGAGACUUCUGCAGAGCAAUUGUAGGAGCAUUACUGUAAAGCAAAGGAGAGGUUACAGUGAGGUUUAUCUGUUGCAACAGGACCCCAAAAGCAGGCUGUCACUCGAGUUUAAAAGUCUCUAAGUGAUUUGCCACGGAAUUACCUAAAGCAUGAACUACCUUUCACCUUGUAUUUCACUCAGACAACCACGCCAAGUGCAGGUGAUGACUGUUUACUUCAGAGGCUUAAAACAACAGGUAUUUUCUUCUGCUGCUCAGGCUUUGGGAUGCUGAGGCAAAUCUCUCAGGCAUGAAGUUAAAUGGCUGGCUCUCACUGGUGUGGGUAGGGCUGCAUCUAUAAAAAUCUGGUAGAAGAAGAGGAACAAUGUUUAUUGAGAGGUGGACGUGUAGACAGCAAGUUGUUCCUGCUUAAUAACUGGGUUACAGCUCUUAAAAGAUUAAUGCCUCAGCACUGUGCUGGGAAACAUGUUCAUGUUCUGUGCCUUCAGACACACUGCUUUUCUCUAUGCCAUCUCCCUCACCAUGUUUGGUAACAUGUCCAGUGUUACCAAACAUUGAACAUAAUGUUUGGUAAGAGAGAGAAACAGGACUAUAAAUACCGAAAUGCAGAAGUUCAGAGGAGGGCAGCAGAAUAAAAAAGCUAUGACCAUGUGUUCAUAUCUUAACAACCUUAUCUGUGUUCCAUUAAAAGAAAUAAACUGCUCUUUUGCCAGUGGUCAGAAUACUGACUCCUGCCAUGUCCCUAUAUGUGGGCAAGAAAGACACUUGGGAGUGCAAAUUGCCACCAGGUCUUUGGGAGGAGUCAUCUAAAGUCAGGUGUCCAUCCAGGACAGGACAUCAGAUCUCAGCUGGUCUCUCUGGGCUUCCUUUCUGUCCUGUAGGAAGGAAUAGGCAUGUUUAGGCUGUGAUUAAUCUUGCUCCUAUUAGACUAAAAGUAGGCUGUGUCACCAGCUGGAGUCCCUUGUUUCUCUCUGUUGCCUCUAUAAUUACUUUGAGGACAAUUAACUCCAACUUAGACAUUUGGUUUGGAGCUCUCUGAGUGAGAAACUUGGCAGUUCCAGACAGAGGAGAUGCUUCAUCAAGUGGUGAAGUGGCACAAGCUUGGGAGUGUGUCCCAGUCCCUGGCUUUGCUUUCUGCGCAAUGCCUUCAUUAAGCAGCUGAUUCAGAUCUCUCUAUUGUGUGGAGAAAUUAUUACUUUGUGAAUAAAAUUGAGAUAGUUUGGGCAGAGCUUAAAUAUCAUGCACACAUGUAGGAUCCUGAGGGGAGCACACUACUUCUCCUGAAUGCUAAUGAUGUUUCUGGAAGGAAUUGGGUUUUGUGAGUCCUUUGCACUUUGAUCACUGUGGCUCUUUGAACUUCCUGGUUAUGAAAAAGUCUACACCUGGUAAAUAUUUUUGGCAUCUCUCACAGAGAAGUUGAAUUUAUCAUUCCUUCAAGUUUUCUCAAGUCUGUCAAGUGACUUGACAGAGUCCAUAAAAGACUGCCCAGCACUUAACCUUGCAGAGAAUUCUGUGCUGUGAAAGCUCUCUGUCCUGGUUUAGGGGAAAUGCGGGAGGAAACCUCCAAAGGGGUCCCUCUAGAAAGCAAAUUCAAGCAGCCCCCCAAGCCGGUUCAGGAGACAUAAACCUCCUUUGAGAAAAGUGGAAAAAACU